AACAAACACACUCAAAACUUUUAUCCAUCUAAAAUAAUGUAACUUGAUUCUGUCUCACACACUAGUAGGAUUGCUACUUACCUGCUUUAAGUAAUCUAACAGUGAGUUACAAGUGCCAGAAGACAAAAGACUAAAGCUCUUCUGAAAGUUCUGUAUGUUCACCAGGUUCAAGUUCUCCAAUGGCUACCAAGUGCAUACACCUUUUUGAUAAAUUAUGGAGUUUUGCCACUUGCAAGAAAACCAGAUUGCCAACUGGGAGAAGAUCAAAUCUCCACAGAGAUGUGGAAAAAGAAGAAUUCCAGUAUGCCAGUGCUCAAUGUCUCUCAUCAUACUACAGUGUCUUUGUGGUUCGCCUUGCAAUCAUGGUCAUGCUAGCUAUCUUGAUUGGUCUACUAACUUUCUUGACAUGGCAUUUCACAAAGAUUUACACAACAAAGUCUCUUAAUAGCUUGGCAUAUGACCUGCGUUAUGAACUUCUGCAACGCCCCAUCUUGAGGAUGUGGAACAUUUUGAAUUCCACUGCUGAAAUUACAGCCUCUCAGGUCAAGCUAUCUGAGUAUGUUAUCAGAAGCCACAGCAACCUUGCCACUCAAGCAGAGCAAGUUGAGAUGUAUGGAGCUAUGAAGGCUGUUACAUGGGCAUUGUUUUCUAGUAGAAAAGCUCUCGACUCAAUAACUGUCAAGUAUAGAAACGGGUUUGUCCAGGCAUUCCAUAGAAACCUGAAGGACAAUCACACUUGUUACAUUUAUUCUGAUCUUGCAAAUUACUCCAUGGCUUCUUGGAAUGAUAAAGACAUUCAUGGUAAAAACUCUUCGAUUUGGUAUCGCGAACCGCUGGAUCCUGUUACAGGUGAGAAGAUUGGGAAAGCAAUGAAAAUUGCCCCAGAAGACUCAAUCAACAUUGCUGGCCUCUCCCAAGUACCUGAUGGUGUAGCUUCGUGGCACGUUGCAGUGAGCAAGUUCACAGAUUCACCAUUGCUCUCUGCAGCAUUGCCAGUUUGGGACUCUUCUAAUAAGAGCAUUGUCGCGGUCGUGGGUGUCACCACUGCACUUUACAGUGUGGGGCAGCUGAUGAAAGAGCUAGUUGAUUUGCAUGGUGGUCACAUGUAUUUGACCUCCCAAGAGGGUUAUUUGCUUGCAACUUCCACACAUGACCCUCUGUUGACAAAUUCAACUAAGCUUAAGAUGGCUGUUGGAAGUGAAAAUGAAGCGAUAAGACAUGGAGCACAGUGGCUGCAGAAAACCUAUGGCAAUCAUUUCCCUCCAAGUCAUGAGGUUCAUGUAGAGAAUGUAAAACUAGGCCACCAACAAUAUUACAUUGACUCCUUCUUCCUAAACUUGAAGAGGCUUCCUCUGGUGGGUGUAAUAAUCAUUCCAAGAAAGCAUAUCAUGGGGGAGGCGGAUGAAAGAGCCUUCAAAACAUUGGUUAUUCUGAUAUCUGCAUCAGUGUGUAUUAUUGUCAUUGGAUGUGUUUGUAUUUUGAUAUUGACAAAUGGAGUAUCAAAGGAAAUGAAACUAAGAGCAGAACUGAUCAGUCACUUGGAAGCAAGAAGGAAGGCAGAGGCAUCUAGCAACUAUAAAAGCCAGUUUCUUGCAAAUAUGAGUCAUGAACUGAGGACGCCUAUGGCAGCGGUGAUCGGGUUACUUGACAUUCUCAUAUCUGAUGAUCAUCUCACAAAUGAACAAUGUGCAACAGUUACCCAGAUAAGGAAAUGCUCAACUGCCCUCCUCCGUCUACUUAAUAACAUCUUGGAUCUGAGCAAGGUGGAAUCGGGAAAACUAGUCCUAGAGAAUGCAGAAUUUGACUUGGGACGGGAACUUGAAGGGCUUGUAGAUAUGUUUUCUGUUCAAUGUAUUAAUCACAGUGUAGAGAUAAUUUUAGAUCUGUCUGAUGAUAUGCCAAAGCUAGUCCGAGGUGAUUCUGCUAGGGUAGUUCAAAUUUUUGCAAAUUUGAUCAACAACUCAAUUAAGUUUACUCUAUCGGGUCACAUUAUUCUGCGAGGAUGGUGUGAAAACCCCAAUUCUUGUAGUGACAAUCCAAAAUCAGGGUAUUUACAGAAGACAAGAACUAAGCAACAUGAAAACCAUGUAAAGAAGAUUUCAAAUAGUGAUAACAAAAUGAUACUUUGGUUUGAGGUUGAUGACACUGGCUGUGGUAUUGACCCGUGUAAAUGGGAUUCUGUGUUUGAAAGCUUUGAGCAAGCAGAUCCAUCAACAACUAGACUGCAUGGAGGCACUGGUCUUGGUCUUUGCAUUGUCAGAUCCUUGGUUAAUAAGAUGGGUGGAGAAAUCAAGGUUGUCAAAAAGGAAGGCCCAGGAACACUUAUGCGAUUAUACCUAUGUCUUAGUGCCCCGGUAGAUGCCACAGAACAACAUUGUCAAGCAGAUUUCAGUAACAAUGGCUUAGUGGUUCUGCUAGCACUACAUGGCGAUAGGGGUCGAUUAACAACAUCUAAAUGGUUACAGCAAAACGGGGUGAUCACUCUGGAGGCGUCUGAAUGGAAUGGAUUAACACAAAUUCUAAGGGAACUCUUUCACGCAAGAAGUCCAGCCUAUAAUAAUGGCUUCGAUGCACAUUAUCCACUACUUGAGCGCUUGAAGUCUAAAUUUUUGAGCAUACAGGAAUUGACAAACCCAGCAUAUGUCAUUGCUGUUGACAUUGAACUACUUGACUUAAGCACAGAUAUAUGGAAAGAACAGCUUAACUUCCUUCACAAGUACCGUGGGAGAGCAAAAUUUGUUUGGGUACUAAACCAUGACAACAACAACACCAUAAAAAUGGAGCUUCGCAAGAAAGGACACAUACUCACAGUCAAUAAACCCCUUUACAAAACAAAGAUGAUUCAUGUUUUGGAAGCUGUCAUAAAGGAGAAAAAUGUUGAGUUGCAAAGGAAAAAUAAAGGGGGUGAUUUGCAUGAGAGUCUUGAGAUUGAUUAUACUCAUUGUGAUCUUGCAAGCUCGGAUGGUUCUGACAUAUCUGAAAUGGGUGGGUCUAAUUUUGUUUGUGCCAGUGGAGAUAAACAAAGAGAAGAGGUAGUUAGAUCCUAUUCUUCAUCACAAUACCAGAUAAAUAACUGCUUAGUAGGAUUAGCACAUGAACAUAUGGAACAUAAUACUCCAAGGAAAGAAGGGUCAUAUCAGAGCAACCCCAACUCCAAGGAUGUGACUAAACUAGGAACCUUUUCAACAGGUGAAGAUUCUGAAUGUGGCGAGAUGCGUAGGGCCAAUAGCUCAAGUAGAGCAGUAAAUGGGAAGAAAUCUCUUGAAGGUGUGAGGAUAUUGCUAGCAGAAGAUACACCGGUGAUUCAAAGAGUUGCAACCAUAAUGCUUGAAAAAAUGGGAGCCACUGUUGUUGCUGUAGGUGAUGGACAACAGGCAGUGGAUGCUCUGAAUGGCAUGCUUGGUGUUGAAGAUGGUAGAAGGGAGUCUCUCCUAAAGGAAAGAAACAUAAGAUCAUCUCAAACUGAGAUCCUAAAUUGUCCCCCAUAUGACUUGGUCCUAAUGGAUUGUCAGAUGCCAAAGAUGGAUGGCUAUGAGGCAACAAAAGAAAUCAGAAAAUCAGAAGUGGGAACUGGAUUGCACAUUCCAAUUGUUGCUCUUACAGCUCAUGCAAUGUCAUGUGAUGAAGCCAAAUGUUUGGGGGUGGGUAUGGAUGCUUAUUUGACAAAGCCAAUUGACUUCAAAUUGAUGGAGUCCACUAUUCUUUCAGUGACGAGAAGGACCUGACUUCUGACUAUAUGAUGAAGCUUAAAAAAGGGUGGCAGAAAUUUUUCAAAAGUUUACUAAACAUUUGUUAGAGGAAAUUGAAAAUCAUGAUUCAGAAUCACAUGAUAUGAAGAAUAUGAAUCAUUCAUAGUAGGAUGACAUUUUUAUGAAUUUAGGACACUAAAAAAUGAGAGAAAAUAAAGGCGACAUCCUUCACAUUAGUUA